AUGGAGGUCAGUCGUGACGCUCUCUUGACUGAUUCUGCUGUCAAUGACAGAAACAGCACGAAAGAUAUAAUGGCUGAUGAGCAUGUUCCUAAGCCCCGAGAUUAUCAUUUUCAUUUGGAUCCGAAAAAUGCUCGCAACUGGCAUACUGCUGGUAUACAUGUUAGUAUCUUCUUCCAUGCCAUGUCGCUAUUCUUCCCGGAAGGUGAAAAAAUGUUUAUGCAUGCUGUUCGAUUACACAAAAAACAGAUACCUGAUUCUAAUGUGUUACUAAAAAACCAGGUAACGGGAUUUAUUUGUCAAGAAAUGUAUCAUUCAAGAGAACAUAGAGUUUAUAAUGAAUCAAUUACUAAAAUAUGGAAAAUCAUUCCAAAAUUAGAAGCUAUUGUUGCUUGGAUUUGUACUAAUAUUUCCAAAUAUGUUCCGCGACGCACUCAGUUAGCUAUCACAGUGGCUUUAGAACAUUGGACUGCUAUUUUGGCUCAAAUUAUUAUUGGAGAUCAACGAGUAUUUGCGAACACUGAACCAAAUUUUCAUUUAUUAUGGAAAUGGCAUGCAUUAGAAGAAACUGAACAUAAGGCUGUUGCUUUUGAUGUUUGGACUACUGUUUACGGAACUGGUUUUCUGGCAUACGUACAUCGAUGUCUCAUAUUGAUUUUGGCCACAACUGUCUUUUGGACACUAGUUUGGGGAUUUUUCAUCGCAAUUAUUAUUGAAGAUGGAUCCUGGAAGAAUUUGGUUGAAUAUGGUAAAUUACUUUCUUUUCAAUGGAUUAGUCCUGGUGUGUUUCGUCAAGUAACUCCAAUUUAUUUGGAUUGGUUUAUUAAGUAUCAUUUUCAUCCUUGGGAUCAUAAUAAUAGAGAUAAAUUGGGAGAAAUGGCUGCUUUAUCAAAAAUUAUAAAUCAAAUUUCAUAA